AUCUAUAUGCAUACCAAAAACUAAAAUAAUCAGCAAUAUUGAUGUCUUUCAGAUGUUACAUUUGUCAUCUCUAAUCAAUUUGGAGCAGUUGUCACUGUUGAACAACCCUUGCAUCUUGACUAAUGGAAACUGGAGACUAGAAGUGAACUACAGGCCUUAUCUGGUAUAUUGCUGUAGAAACCUUAGGAAUCUGGAUGGACAUUUGGUGAACAAUGAUGAAAGAAUACUUGCGAGGCUGCUGGAUCAGGCAUUCAGUCACAUUGGCCAUCCUUCCUCAGGAGAGCAUUAUGAACUUGUGUCCAUUUUACAUCAUAUUUGCUCAGAAUCCCAGGAAGAUACCCAGACAGCAGGAGCGCAUAUAGGGGAAGAUGUGGAUUUUAUUCUUCCAGACAGCAACACUUUAUUGGAAUCAGAAAGUUUCUUCAUUCCAGUUCCUAUCUCUGAUGAAGACCAAACAGAAUCAGAUGAUCCCAUCAUGACAGAAGAAGAAGCUCUGCGACUGUUUAGUUUGGCAGCCACAAUAAUUCAAGCUCAUGUGCGUGGUUAUCUGGUGAGGAAGAAGUUUGACUUCUGUCAGUACCGACAAAGAAAAUAUGCAGCAGCCUGCAUUCAGGCAGCUUGGAAGGGAUAUCAUGCUCGUACUAGAGACAUCAAAAUUGUCAACAUAAGGAACGAAUUAAGAGUGCGAAGGUUGAUAUCCCUUAUAAACCAUUUAUAUGGUGCAUUAGACAGGGAACACGAGGAAGCUGUCAAAAGUAGAGAACAGUUUAAGAGGGCGAUAGAAUAUCUGUGGCUUCAGAUUUUGGAACAGUCCAAACUGAAUGAGGUCCAGCUUCGCAGGGAACAAAUGAAAGCAGCCAUCAAAAUUCAGACUUGGUGGAGAGGAUGUAUGGCCAGAAAGCUGUUUCCCCGCAAGAAGAUGAACCAGGAUCAAGUUGCAAUGCUCUUUGCAAUGUGUCGCCAGCUACAGACACAGUUGAAUGUUGUCACAUCCCAGAUAAAUGAUCUCACUAAAGGUAAAAUCCAAGACAACAAAUCUCAACACGAAGCUGAAAAGACGGAUUCAGAAGGAUCGGAUCAGUUCUACGACACAUUCGACACAUCAAAGGAGACCGUAGAAACAAAGUUCGCCGAGGAUCCUACGUUAUCGCCUCCAGUUCAGCAUUCCGAUGCUACCUCAGGCCCGUCCCCUGAACGCUCGCUAGUUGAGGAACGAGACGAAAAAGGAGAGCUGAAAAAUUGUGAUGAAAAUAUUCCCGUGUCAGGUGAACUGGAGUCUGGAGGCAAAUUAUUGUUCACAGACGAUUCGGUUCUAUUAGAUCUUGAAUUAAACAAAGAAGCUCCACUUGCAGGCAGAAUGGAUCAGGACGCUUUCGGAUUAGCUCUUACAAAGUGUGAUCAAAAGGACUCCGGACUGAAUAUCGCGAAUUCAUCGAAUAGUUUUGAAGGGGAAACCAGAUUGUCAUCAGCCGCACCGGGAAUGGAAGAGAAACAGUUAUCCCUUCCUGAAACGAAACGUAGCGAGAACGAUACUGAGGAAGCACCCCAAGGACCUUUAGAUCUUGAAACGGAGAGAAAUAAUGAUGUUGCACGCGAUGUAGGAGAACUUUUCGAGGAUAGGAGAUCUCCUUCCUCCCUUGACCAAAAUGAGCCUCUUUCUGAGAAAGUCACCUCGAAACCUAACGUUGAAACAGGUCAAGUGAUGGAGAAUACGGCUCCACGUGUUCUUUGCUCGCUUGUGGAUUCUCAAGAAUCUGAUUCAACAGAAAAGGACCUGAACUGGGGAGCAUCUGAAGGAAAGAGUUUACAAGCCAGCAUACCGGAAAUAAUUGUUAGUAGUCCAAUUCCAACUGAUGAUGAAGAUAGUGACGAGGGGGACACAAGCAAUGUCCAGAAGGAAGUUCACAGGAACCAAAAGGAGAGGAAAGGCACAGCUGAAAACUAUUCUUACUCCAACUUAGCCUGGAAGUUCUCGAGCUCGUUCCAUGUGAAGAAUUUAGAUCAGAAACUUUCCGGAGGUGAUGCAAGUAGUGAUAAAACUAGAGAUCCCACAUCCUUCAAGAAGGAGAGAGAUAUGCAUGAAGAACUCCAUAAAAAUGAGGUGAAGUCUUUAAGAGGAGCAGAAGGUAGUUUGCCUUUGGCAAAGUCUAAUCGCGGAAAACCGGGUGAUGAUGAAGAAGAUGCCACCAUUACAAGCAGCUCCGUGUUCCAUGAGAGCGUUUCAAGCUUGGGUGAAAGAGCCACAACCUUACUGUCCCAGCUCAGAUCAGAAAUCGCCAAUAUGAAGACAGCUCGGCUGGGCGGUGCCUCUUCAGUCAUAACGUCGGGAGACGAUGGUGCUACUAUUGUGGUUGAAAGCACAGUGCAUGCAAACCUUGAUCCCGAGAAUGUAAACAAAAGUUCAGGUGAGCUUGCAACACAAGAGAGCAGCACUGCAAGCGAAAUAAAUGACAUUUCUAAGCCAGAACAUGCACCUGCCGUGACGUAUCGUUUGCCGUUGUUUGAAGACGUCGACAGUACAUGUACAUCUCUUUCUCUCGACGACUUUCUGUCAGACCCCGUCCUUGAAAACGUUGCAAAAGACCCCGUAUGUGACACUGGAUGUGAACCUAAAGAGACAGAUGAUUAACGCUGCGAUGUAUCGCGCUCUUUUACUUUUGAUCUCUUAUUUUUGGAAAGAAGUAUGGUUCUUCUGAGAAAACUUGUAGGUGUUAAAAUGAAUGAGAUGAGGUUAGAAAUGCGAACAGGCAUAGCUCUUCAAAUUCACGUUGAGAUAUAUAAAUUUUUUAUAUACAUAUAUAUAUAUUUCGUUAUCCUCCGUCAGGUUGAACAAACCACCGAAGGAUUUAUGUCUGUCCCUUAGAAGCUCAACAAGCUUCUUUGAGUUUUGAGAAAGCAAAGUGAUUGCGAGAUCAGCUCGUUAGAGACACAGAAAGUUCAAGCGUAAAUAAAGUAUAUUUUUCAUCUUAGAUGGACUGAAAAUUCGAAAUUUGAUGAUAACUCUACAUGAAUCUAAAUAAAAUUUUAACAUUAAACUUGGGAGUGCUUAAUCAGGGGUCACUGUAACGUUGACUGCACUAAUGGCACUUCAGUGCGUCACGGCAAUUCUAAUAGUGCGCGCACACCCCAGGAGGGGCUGAGAAGGCACUCGUUCAAUGUUUGAGUGUAAGCGUGUCUCUGAUCCCUCUCCGCAUAAGAAGAAAAGUGUUUAAAUCGACCAUAAGAAGCCAAGUCUGAUAUACCGUGUUUAAUCAAAACUAUAACAAGAUUCUCGAACGUGAUUGAUCAUCACCAGCCCGAUUUAAGCAUUAAUAAUAUACAUGAUUUACGCGCUUCUGAUUGGCUGAAAACGAGUGCUUUUUUCAUGCAACACGAGUGCAAAUUACAAAUAGCGCGCGCUGCAAACAUUUCGUCCGUCUUGACUUUCAGUGAUGCGUUUUUCAUGUCAAUUAUUAACAAGUAACAGCAUGAUUUCGAUUGCAAUUUGGAGUUAAUAAGCACGAAUAAAUUUUUCAAAGACUAUAAAAUUGCACGAGCCUGUAGAGCGAUUGCAAUUUGUGGUCUUUGAAAAUUUUUCAAGUGCAUAUUAGCCCCAAAUUGCACUCGAAAUCAUGUUACCUUUACUGAUAGGGGCAGUGCAUGUGUCAUGCUUUUAAUUGAAUAGUGUAAGAGGACAGUUAAAGGGACAGUUAACACGUCAUGGCUGUGUAAGUGGACAGAACGCAUCAUAUGCACGCAUAUUGUUGCACAUUCCACUGAGUUAACUGGAAUUUUUUUUAUGAAAACGUAUAACCUAUGUCUAGUUUCUUUCUCGAAUUUUGUGAUAGUUUUUAUUAAUUGGUAACAGGACUUCGAGUUGUCCAAUUCUGUCUGUAAUCAUACGAGUGAUACACAAAAUUGUACAGCUGCGAAGCAGGAGUGUGAUUUGUUUAUCACGAGUUGGACUGGAUUGGACUCUACUUGGUCCUAUUACCAUUAUUAGUAUAGGUAAUCACAUGAUUUCUAGUGCAUUUUGAAAUAAAUAAGCACAAGUAAAUUUUUUCGAAGACUAACAAAAUUGCACGAGCCUGUAGGGCGAGUGCAAUUUGUGGUCUUUGAAAAUAUUGACAAGUGCGUAUUUAUUCCAAAUUGAACGAGAAAUCAUGUGAUUACAUAUUAAUAAUAUACAUGAAAAAAUACAAGAUAGCUCAUCAUAAUUAUGCAGAAGCAAAUUGCGCGCAUCAAGUAUAAAAAUAAUUUAUUUAAAAAAUCAGCAUACAAUCAAAACAAUAAUAUAAAAUGAUAUUUUCACAUCUUUAAGGCGCAAAAUAGGUUAAAAG